AUGCCGCCCAAGCAACGCACAGCCGCCCCCCAGACCGUCCCCGGCACACCCUACUCGGCCGCGAAACCAAAGUCGUCCAACGACGCGCAAGACAUCCUGCAGGGCGUAUGGAACCGCUAUGUCAACAACACCACACAGCGCACAAAGCUGCUGGAUAGCUUCAUGCUGUUUCUCGUCGUGGUUGGCGCCCUGCAAUUCCUCUACGUCGUGCUUGUCGGCAACUUUCCCUUCAACGCCUUCCUGUCCGGCUUCAGCGCCUGCGUCGGCCAAUUCGUCCUCACAGCCUCCCUGCGCAUCCAGACCAACCCGGAGAACAAGGCCGACUUUGAGUCCAUCUCGCACGAGCGCGCGUUUGCCGACUUUGUCUUUGGGAGCUUGCUGCUGCACUUCUUCUGCGUCAACUUCAUCAACUGA